CUAUAUUGUUUCCCCACCGCGUCAAUUAGACGCCUUACAAGCUUUUUUUGCAAUUAGUUUAGUUUUUUUCCCGUACACUCCUUUUCUUCAUUCUUGGCCGUCUUCGUUUCUGCUCUCUAGUGGUCUGCUGCUUCUUAUUUCAAAAUGGCUUUAACUGCUUCUGCAAUAGGGUUUGAAGGUUUUGAAAAAAGACUAGAAAUCUCAUUUUUUGAACCAAGCAUCUUUGCUGAUCCUGAGGGUAAUGGGCUCCGUUCUCUUUCAAAAUCCCAAAUUGAUGAAAUUUUACAACCUGCUGAAUGCACCAUUGUUGAUUCAUUGUCAAAUGAGCAUGUGGAUUCAUAUGUCCUCUCUGAGUCCAGCCUUUUUGUUUAUCCCUAUAAGAUCAUCAUCAAAACCUGUGGGACAACGAAAUUGCUUCUGUCGAUCCCUCCCAUACUCAAGCUGGCUGGGUUCCUUUCUCUUUCUGUUCAAGAUGUGAAGUACACGCGUGGAAGCUUCAUCUUUCCUGGAGCUCAAUCAUUCCCGCAUCGUUCCUUCUCUGAGGAAGUUUCUGUCCUUGAUGGCUAUUUUGGAAAGCUUGGUUCAAGUGGAAGCAAAGCCUAUGUUAUGGGAGGCUCUGAUAAGCAACAGCAAUGGCACAUUUAUUCUGCUAGUGCCGGUCCCAGCGUAGCUGAUAAUCCUGUGUACACACUAGAGAUGUGCAUGACUGGGUUAGACAGGGAGAAAGCUGCUGUCUUCUUCAAGAAUGAGUCCAAUGUUGCAGCUGUGAUGACCAACACGUCUGGCAUAAGAAACAUCCUCCCCAAAUCACGCAUUUGUGACUUUGAGUUCGAGCCCUGCGGUUAUUCUAUGAACUCAAUUGAAGGUGAUGCUGUGUCAACCAUUCAUAUUACUCCUGAAGAUGGCUUCAGUUACGCGAGCUUUGAAGCAGCGGGCUAUGACUUGAAAAGUAUGAAUCUUGGUGCUCUGGUUGAGAGGGUCUUGGCUUGUUUCGAGCCAAAAGAGUUUUCUGUAUCUGUGCAUGCUCAAUAUGGCGCUGAGUUGUUUGAGGAGAUCUGUUUCCCGGAGUUGAAGUGUUACAAUGGUGGAGAGAGAAGCGUUGAGGAUCUGGGUGCUGGUGGUGCGAUCACUUAUCAGAAAUUCGUGAAGUCUGUAUCCUGUGGAUCUCCGAGGUCCACUCUGAAAUGUUUCAGAGAUGAAGAUGACGAAGAAGAAGAAAGGGAGUAGUUUGUGUCGUUUUUACUAUUCAAUAAAUGUUUUCAAACUAUUGUUGUUUUUGCAUUCUUUGUUUUCGUACUACUGUCUUGGUAUUCUGUUGUUUCAAUGACUGAAAUUGUUAUGGAGUAUUUUGUGGGUUUGAUUUCUUUUA